AUGCAUAUCGACUGGCGGCUUCUGACAGUGCUCUCUGUGGCAGGUGCCGUGCGGCCGAGCAGUGAGACCUCGGAGACCUUGGUGCACCGAACGGUCAGUCACGGUGCGGCAUGGUCUUGGCAGACUGCAGACCCGAAGACUUCGCCAGAGCCACAAACGGGCACUUGGCAGGAGAGGAAGAAGGAGAUAAAGUUUGUGGCUCACUUCUGGGGGCUUCUGGGCGGACUCGGAGCUGCAGGCUAUGGCGCUUCCUUCAUCCUCAAGCGCGAGGGUUCCCCGGAUGUGAGUCGAUUCUUGAAGAUGGUGGCUUUGAAGCUCCACAAGGACAAGAUCUUCGUGCAGCUGUCGUGUGCUGCCUUCCUGUUUGGCUUAGCCGAUGUUCUCGCACAACGGGUGCCGUCCUACCACGAAAAGUCCAAUCUGCAAGAUGGAUACAAGAUCGGUGGCUGGGACUGGCGGUACACACUCGCCGUGAUGGCCUGCGCAUGCCUGUUCCAGGUGGCAAUCCUCGGCCGGUUCUACGACUAUUGUGAUGCGCGCUUUGGGUCUGCUACAACAUGGCAAGCAGCUUUGCUGAAGGCCCUGAAGAUGCAAGCAGCCUUCACCUUUGGAUACUUGCCGCUUGGGGUUCUGCUUUAUGCUGUGUCCAUUUGCUUCGUCUUCCGGAGUUUCGCAGACUCCACUGACAACUGUGGCCCCUCUGCGUUGCUUGGGCUUCCGUGGAACUUGGGGAGCAGCGCCGUCCAGGCCGUGCAGCUGUGGCCAGGAGACUAUCUCCAAGACAUGGUGUUCUGGCCACCCAGCCAGGCGGUCAACUACGUUCUGAUUCAGCGCUGGUCUCCCAACUUCCGGCCGAUCUUCGAUGGCGUGGUGGUACUGUUCUGGAACAUCUUCGUUUUGGGCGGGGGCGCUGAGCGAGAGGCGGUGGGCCCCACACUUUUCGGCCCAGCCCCGGGGCCAACGGAGAAGGUGGCUGCUUCAGUGGACUGCUCCAAGCAUUCCUUUGCCGAGAUUGGGCGAUGGCUCGCUGAGAAGCUGGGUGAGUUUGCCGCAAGCAUCAAGCAAGGCCUGAUCCGCUGCUGGGAGACCACGAGCUGGGCGGUGGAGAAUGGAUGGAAGUGGUUCAAGCACGCCUUCAACUGUACCAGACAGCGGCUGUGCGCUUUCGUCGUGACCAGUGUCACCCUCCUGCGCUGGCUUGUUGUGGCAGUUCUGUACUACCUUAGCUACCUCAUUAUGGUGGUGCUGACCAUUGCACGAGUCACUUUGUACUGGAUCCUCGCCAUCAUCAAGGGGAGCGUCAUGCUCUUGCUGGCCAUUGCAGACUUCUUCAAGAACUGUAUGUUCAUGUGGUUUAUCCCGGACGUCUCCAGCAUUGGAAAGGGAUGCUUCUACUGUGUCUUCUGGCCAAAGAAAGGCCAGUGGCCGAAGGAGGUGUGCGGUCAGGCGCCUGCGUUUGGAGAUUGGGUGGCACCCUUCUGCCCACACUGCUACUGA